UUUUCUAACUUAUAUAUAAAUAAAUUAUAAACCGUUCAUUUUGGAAUUUCAUUGUUUCUUCUCUACAUCAUUGGGAUCUUCUGCAGAGACCAACCAACCCAGAAGAAUUAACAAAGGCAAAAAUUAAUAUUGAAAAAAAAAAUUAAAUUCAACCCCUCCCUUUACUUUGUGGCUUGUUGGUGAUUCUGUUGUUUGAUAAAAUUACAUGUCCAAGAUUGUAGUGUACAUUGAUUCGUUAUUUAUAACGUACUUUGGAGCAUUGCAUGAGCGAUUUCCCUGUGAUUCUUUUGUGAAGUCAGCUAAAAAUCUUAUAGUUACAAACUGACAUUCAGAAUCCUCUGGUAGGGAAUAUAGCUAGAGAUUAUUGUCUUGUUAACACGGUGCGAGGAAGAUGGCUGGUUUUAAGCGAAGAUUAUGUAAUGAUUCAGAUAUGCAUGCUCUUCACAGAGAAUUGGAUGAAGUUUCAUGUCCUAUCUGCAUGGACCAUCCACAUAAUGCUGUUCUCCUACUUUGCAGCUCUCAUGAUAAGGGCUGCAGAUCUUACAUUUGUGAUACAAGUUAUAGGCAUUCAAAUUGUCUGGACCGAUUUAAAAAAUUGAGAGACAACUCUAAGGAGAACCCAAAUUUACAAAGUUCUUUAAUAAACACUAACAACUCUUCCGGUAAUAGUUUUGAUAUUAACUUUACUAUGCAAUCUGACAUGCAUGAUGUUGAUGAAUUAUUACUCUACCAAAAUGAAAUUAAUACUCUAUUGUCUGUUGGAAUUCCACAAGGAUCGAGACAGGGUGAUGCCCAAGAUCCAAGUAGACAUUUAGACCAACAUGAUGAAGGCAUUUUAGAAACUGCUGAUUCUGAGAACUUGCAGGACAGGGCUGUUCUUGAGGAGGAAUUAGAUGUAGAUAAUUCAUCCGAGGACUCAAAGUCGAGUUUGCAUUGUCCUCUGUGUAGGGGCACAGUAUUAGGCUGGGAGGUUGUUGAAGAGGCUAGAAAUUAUCUGAAUAAUAAGAAGAGAAGUUGCUCAAGGGAUUCAUGCUCAUUUGCUGGAGAUUAUCUGGAAUUGCGUAGGCAUGCUAGGAGAGUUCAUCCUACUUCUCGUCCAUCUGACGUUGAUCCGACAAGAGAACAAGCGUGGCAACAAUUUGAGCGCCAAAGAGAAUAUGGUGAUAUUGUGAGUGCUAUUCAGUCUGCCAUACCAGGAGCUGUGGUAGUUGGGGAUUAUGUUCUCGAAAACGGGGAUGGUAUUGGUAGGUUACCACCAGGUGGUGGUAGGGAGGGGAGCAAUGGCAAUGGUAAUGUACCUUGGUUAACCACUACCACCAUCUUGUUCCAAAUGAUGGAUAACACCAUUGAAAUUGUUAGGGAACCAAGAGCUCGUUCUUCAAAUGGAUGGUCAAGGCAUCGUCGUUCAUCUGACCGUCGUCGCUAUCUUUGGGGUGAGAAUUUGUUGGGUCUUCAAGAUAAUGAAGUCGAAGAAGAUUUACGAAUAUUUAAUGAACUGGUUGAAGAUGCAUCUCAUGUCCCAAGAAGGCGCCGUCGUUUGAAUAGGACGAGGUCCAACGAAGAUCAUUCAUGAUUGUUGCCACCAUUUAUCUGAAUUGUUUGAGCAAGCAUGCCGAACAUGGUCAAGUUGUAUCUAGCAAAUCAUGAUUUCAGACCUAUGCAUCAACUUUGGACCCUUAGAGUGUGCUGAAACAGCAAACUUCAGAGUAAAUUAUGAUCAAAUCCUUAUCCACAAGUUUCAAUGAAUCAAAGAAUUUCUAGAAUGAAUGUUUUUCUUUAAGUUUGCUUUUAUAUGUAACAACAUUAGCCUUGGGAACACUAAACUUCUGGGUGGUUUGGCAGAUUGUUGCAUAGUAUGUAAAUUAUAUUGUUCAGUCUUUACAUCUAUUAAAUUGUUUGUUUUCAGCCUGUAAAUAUUGUGUAAUCCUUAUGAAGCACAUUGUAUAAUUCUAAUUAAGUGCACAUAUUUUUGAAAUCCAUUGAAAAAAA